CCUUGCUUCACCCCACCACGGGCGCUUAUUGGCGUCGAGGAUGCCAGCGAGCAGCCCAAGAACAGGUGGAUGAAUUUCGCCUAUGCACCUGCACGGACCGAGCAGACUUCUUGCUGGCUGCCUCAACGGAACAUGUCUGCUGGGACCCACGAGAAUUGGGCGCGUUGAAGGGACGCGUUCCUAUACUCUACUCGCAAUCAAUCGUCCGGACCCGCGCCCUCUCCUCAUCCUGCGAGCAUGUCAUAGUUCUGUUGCCUUCGCGCACCCUUCUUCAUCCAAAGCCGCAAGGUACAUCUCGUCCAAUUCCUCGCGCCAAUUCGACGACCUCAACAACGACACUCUCGUUAGCCUCGUCUCCCUCCAUCACUUCGAAGCCGCGCAGCGUCUUCACGAUCACCUCGUCGCCUCCGGCAUAACCAUCCAGCCCCACCCCAUCUACAUUGGCGCCGCUCUCGCCGCCCUUGACCACCCCUCCCAUACGGACCGCAUCAACCUCUUCUCGGCGUGGUUCAAGCUGAUACCGGAUGCACAUGUGGCCCUCCCUUCCUUUGCUUCAUACCUUCGCGACGAUGCCUCCACCUCUUCCACCGCUCCGAAAGAGGCCUCCCACACAAGUCAAGUCGUCGACCUCCGCCCUAUCCACAACGCCCUCCUGCACACCGGCACCCCCGCGAACAACCUCCCCCUCAUUGCACGCUUUGCCGCUCUGGCCGCGGAGAAGGGCUACACUCUUCCUCAGCUUGCGUCUGCCACUGGUACCAGCGCUCAAGUCGCGCACACCCGCAUCUGGCCCGACAUCCUCGCCCUCCUCGCCUCACACGCCCCGCCUGCGCUCGCCUCCAGAAUCAUGGUCGAGCACGAAUUUGCGGUGGGCGCGUACGUGGCACGUAUGGGCAAUGCGCAUGCCCCAGCGGAGCGCUCGAGGCUGAGGGAGCAAUCGGUGCGUGCGUGCUUGGAUGCUGCACGGUUCCGUGGAGACGCUGCGCGUAUGCGUAGUGGGGAAGCCCGGUCGCGCGGUGGGGAUGCUACGGGGAAAGGGGUGGACUGGUCGACUGCCGACGCUGGCUGGCUCGACGCGGCUGCCGCGCUCUUGCGUACCGCGGACGGGCUUAAGCUCGAUAAGCGCCUCUUCGACACGGUCAUUACUGCGCAUGCCUCGCGUGACCCUUUCUCCAAUGGCUCGACAGAAGCAUCCACCACUACCCUCACCGCCCUACGCACCGCGCGCGCCGCCCACGGCCGCAAGGAAAGGAGAGAGACGCGCCUCGCCCUCCCCGGCGACCUCCCGAUGCAGCUGCGCGAGGUGCUCGCGGCGAUCCGGGAGAGGGUGCUGCAUACGUAUCUCGACGUGAAUGACUUCUUGGUGAGGUUAUAUUGGGAACGGUCCUCGACCUCUCCAAAUCGACGAUCUGGCUCUCAGAAUCUCUCUCCUGUCUCCCUGAACCCAUCACCUAUCUCCCGGAAUCCAUCGUCCAGCUUUGUGCGGUUCUCACGCCUCCUCUCCCUCCUCCGCCAGCGCGCCUUAGCCUAUCCCGACGCCACCGCCAUGACCUGGCUCGUCGCCGAGCUCUAUCUCUGCCGCCACGUCAUGGACGGACGGCGCGCGCUGGGGAUAUUUCUGGAGAACUUCACGAUGGAGGGGUUCCCGGAGGACGCGAGGGAGUUGAUUGAAGAGGUGGCGAAGGUGCAUGGGGUCUGGGAGAGGAGUAAAGGGGAGGUGGUGGACAGCGCGAAGCAGAUUAUCGAAGGACGCAAACGUGAGCUUCCACCUCCCUUCAUUCCAGGCGCCAGCUCGCCAUCGACCGGUUUUUCGACCCUGGUCACCUCUCCUCGAACUUCUACCGCCGCAGCUUCGCCCACCGCCGCCGCCGUCCCGACUCCUCUCGCCCUCCCGCCCCACCAUCACUGGCUCAUCUGGCACACACUGACACUCCUUGCGUGGAAACAUCCGCCACGCCUCCGGCGGCUGUUGGCUGCGUACGAGGCGUCUGUUGUGGGCUCGGGGGAUGGACCGCAUCCUCUCCCUCAAGCAAAGAAUAAUGCCCGGGUACUCAACCCAGAGGCGCUAGCCGCCAGCGGUGCACGACAGGUCCUGCUCGGGUUCAUGAGCGGGUUUGCGAGGCAUGGGAUGUCCGUACCCACGAGGGACAUCCCUGGUCCUAGGCGUGGGCAGAGGCAAGGCGACACCACCGGCCCGACCACCUUCCUCGCCGACCUCCGCCGCGUCUGGCGCCUUAUGGAGCGCAUGCAGAUCACACCUCGACGUGCGCACUACGAGAUCCUCGCCAAGAGCGUCGCGCUGGCGGGUGAAGGCGGUGUCGUACCUGGUGCUACUGAUCAUGUUACAAACGGCGCCCCCUCAGCCGAUCUUGAGCCCCCGCUCUCAGUCGGCGUCCCCGCCGCCCUCCACAUCCUCGAGCACACGCCGCACCCCGUGUCGUACGCGUCGGUCAUUGACGCGUUGUUGGAUCGCGACAUGGUAGGCGCAGCGUGGAAGGUGAGAGAGGCGAUGGAGGGGAGGUUUGGGAAGGAUGCACUGGGUGGACGAAGCUCUCGUUUGCAGGCGACGAUGGCUCGGCUGGAGAGGAUGACGGAGGAGAAAGUGGCUUCGUUUACUGCGCAGCGGAAGAGACAUGGCCGGGGGGGGGAACCUAAGGCGGGAUUCGGUAGGCCACCUGCAGUGAAUAAAACACAUCGAUGAGUAUAUAGAUGGGCUGGAGGUCAUGUCAAGGGAAAGGGGUAUGACAAUACCCAUUGUCUGCAAAAGAAAUGCUAGGAACAAAGAAAUAACAUGGC